AUCCAAAUGGCUUUCUUAUAGAUCAGAUUCUUUGUUGCUAGUACAUGAAUUAGUGCACCAGAAUGUGAUGUACACAUACUAGUUAUAGAAAAAGCACACAGUGAAUUUCAUUUGAGCAAAAAGCCAAAAAGAAAAAUGAUGUGUUCCAUAUGAAACUGUUUCAAUUAUGUGAUCCGUGAGGCAUUCGCUGUACUCAAAUCCAUGUGAAUGGAAGCAUAUUUCUCUGAACUUGUCAAUCCUCUCACAAACCUAACCAUGGAGAAGAAAACUAUUGCAUUGUUUUUCAUGGUACUUACACUUGUUUCUGAAACUUGCUUUGGUUCAGAACACCGUUAUACAUCAGCUUUGGGAGACCCAGGAAUGAGAAGAGAUGGAUUGAGACUAGCAUUUGAAGCAUGGAACUUCUGCAAUGAAGUUGGCGAAGAAGCUCCUGAGAUGGGAAGUCCAAGAGCCGCUGACUGUUUUGAUUUCUCUAGCAAGCAUUUCAUAACAAGCAACAAAAAAGAUGAUUAUGGCUCAUCAUUAAAUCAUAAAGUGACUGAAGCUGAUAACAAACUAGGGGUUGGACAUCAAUUCCUAGGUUUGAGCCCAGAAGCUCUAAACAACACAGACCUUUAUGCAGUGGAGAAGGAAUUGUAUCUGGCUUCAUUAUGUGAAGUUAAAGAUACCUCAUAUCCAUGGCAGUUUUGGAUGGUGAUGCUGAAAAAUGGAAACUAUGAUACUAUGUCUGGUUUAUGUCCUGAAAAUGGGAAAAAGGCAGCCCCUUUCAAGCCAGGGAGGUUCCCAUGCUUUGGAGAUGGAUGCAUGAACCAGCCUCUCUUGUAUCAUCAACCAACAGGUUUCAUUGGAAAGGAUAUAAUGAGAGGAAGUUUUAAUGGGACUUACGAUCUUGGUUCUGAUAUAGGAAAAGGGAUCGAUGGGAUCUCAUUCUUCGAAGUAGUGUGGGAGAAGAAUGUUGGAGGGAAAUGGAUUUUCAAGCAUAAACUCAAGACAACAAAGAAAUAUCCAUGGUUGAUGUUGUAUCUAAGAGCUGAUGCAACGAAAGGAUUCUCCGGGGGUUAUCACUAUGACACAAGAGGAAUGAUGAAGCAGCUCCCGGAAUCGCCGAAUUUUAAAGUCAGAGUGACCCUGGAUGUGAAGAAAGGGGGAGGACCCCAGAGCCAGUUUUACCUGAUAGACAUUGGAAGCUGCUGGAAGAACAACGGAGCUCCUUGUGAUGGAGAUGUUCUUACUGAUGUAACUAGAUACAGCGAGAUGAUCAUCAACCCUGAAACAGCAGCAUGGUGCAGUCCUAAAAAUCUAAUAAAUUGCCCGCCAUUUCAUAUAGAUCCAAAUGAUAAAAAGAUCUACAGAAAUGACACUGCAAAUUUCCCAUAUUCAGCUUACCAUUAUUACUGUGCUCCUGGGAAUGCUAAAUACUUAGAGAAGCCGGUUAGUCUCUGUGAUCCUUACAGCAACCCUCAUGCACAAGAACUGGUUCAACUACUACCACACCCAAUUUGGGCUAAAUAUGGAUAUCCUACAAAACAAGGACAAGGAUGGGUUGGAGACCCGAAAACUUGGGAACUCGAUGUUGGCGGCCUUUCUAGCAGACUAUAUUUUUAUCAGGAUCCUGGAACUACUCCUGCUAAAAGAAUAUGGACUUCCAUUGAUAUGGGAACAGAAAUUUAUGUCAGCAACAAAGAUGAGAUGGCUGAGUGGACUCUUAGUGACUUUGAUGUACUUCUUACCUCCCCACCUACUGAUCAAAGUUCAGAUCAUGUCCACAAUGUAACCCCUUCUCUGUAACCAUGACUUAAUAAGAAGAUGCAAUCUUCCUAGAUAGUAACUAUAAAGUAAUACAUAGAUAGGUUUAUAAGGUUACAAACCCAAGCUCAAGGCGCUCAGUACUAUUGCUUCGCCAUACUUGAGGAUUGUUCCAGUUUUUAAGUCAAAGUAUCACCAAUUUCAUAAGAAACUUUGCAACUCCCGCACAUGGUUUGUUAUAUAAGAAACAAUAAAAGUUAUUGCUG